AUGGCCUCGCGCGCGAGCUCGUCGGAAGGCGAAGUCGAACACCAGCAGAAGGCAAACAGCAUCAGCCAGUCCCGCGAACGUACGAUUAACGGCUCUAGCAGGGCAUUUGGAGGAGACGGAGCGGCGGAUGACUAUGGACCAAGUCGAUCCCCAUCGCCAUAUCGCAGGAAGCGUGACCGUUCACCUUCGCCAUACCGAGCUAAGCGCGACACGCGCCAGAUCUCCAGAUCGCCAUCCCCGUUUCGCGCCGCAAAGGGCAACGGAGGCAGCCGAAAUCACGACCCUCGGUCACACAACAAACGCAAGGCCUCGCCGCCGCGCGGAGGACGGCCCGACAAGCGCCCUCACACUGAUCGCAGCAGGCACAAUGACCAUAGGCCCGAUGCACCUUACAACGAUUCUCGGACGGCACAAGGUGGUCCUUUCAACGACCGGAAGCCUAAGCCCCUGUCAUACGAGACCGAGCACCCUCCUACUAUUCCUGACUUCCGUGACCACUUGCGGCCAUUAGGGAAUUCGCGGCUCGACAGUCGCAGUCACACCAAGCGCGACCUGCAAGGCUCAAACGGAGUGGGCAGAAAUGGGCAAGUCUCGGCUGCUUCGAACAAAUCACGAACCACAUCUACGUCUCAGAUCAGCAUAGAUGGUGAUGUUCAAAUGACGCAAGCACCGGAAGAGGCCGACUUGUCCUUCGAGCCCGCUGUACAGGAGCAAGCGCCAGCGCAAGAGACCCGCGAGGAGAAACGCCGCAGGUGGGCAGCUAUACGAGCAGCCUCCGAGAAGGAUAAGGCAAAGGACAAUUUACUUCAUCAAGCGCUUCUUGCUAAUGCUUCCGAAAGUACGACUCCCAAUGUUGCAUCACCUUUGGCGUCAUUCGGGAGCCCGGUAUCACCAGUGGGCUCUCCUCGAACAGGCGACCUAGACUCUGUUCCUGCAUCGCCUGAUGUCAUGGUUCUAGACAAACCAGGGGCUAUCAGCGAGGGAAACAGUCCUUCAGCAAAUAGCCCCUCCGCCGCAGAUUACGAUCCGACCAAGGACAUGCUCGACGACCGCGAUCGGGCCGCCCGAAAGGCUCGCCAAGCAGAACUUCCCUCGGACGCUUACAACGAAACUGACCCGAAGGCUCUCUCCACUCUGCCCGCCGAAAAAGUAGGCCCUGUUAAGAAGCAGAAGAAGGAUUUCGACAUGUUUGAUUUCGAUGAAGACGAGGAUGAAGAAGAAACCGAAGCAGAAGUGGCAGAGCAGGCGGCGGACGCUGCAAAGGGCACGGUGUUGGACGAGAAGCUUCUCGAUAAUUGGGACGACGCGGAAGGUUAUUACAAACUCAUUGCGAAUGAGCUCGUCAACGGUGGUCGCUAUCGGAUGAUCAAGAACCUCGGUCGAGGUGUUUUUGCCAACGUCGCGCAAGCCGAAGACAUUUCGAUCCAAGACGAGAACAACACUCACAAAUUAGUUGCCAUCAAGAUGAUUCGCAGGAACGACCUCAUGCGGAAGGCUAGUCAGAAAGAGAUGGACUUUGUUCGCAAGGUCAAUGACGCGGAUCCGCAGGACAAGCGCCAUGUCAUCCGUUUGCUGAGCUCUUUUGACCACAAGGGUCAUCUUUGCGCGGUGUUCGAGCACAUGUCGAAGAACUUGCGGGAUCUCCUCAAGGAGAACACGAACGGCCACGGACUUUCACUGCAGGCUGUUCGGUCGUAUUCGCGGCAGAUGUUUGUCGGGCUGCAGCAUCUUGUGAGUUGCCAGGUCGUCCAUUGCGAUUUGAAGCCCGACAAUAUCCUGGUCUCACCAGACAUGAAGACAAUCAAGCUCUGCGAUUUUGGCACAGCGGUUGAUAAGAGGGAUGUCAUGGAACGAACAGAGUAUCUUGUUAGUCGCUUUUACCGUGCUCCAGAAAUCAUUCUUGGACUAGACAUUGGGUACGGCAUCGAUAUGUGGGCCGUUGGCUGCACCAUCUACGAGCUCUGGACGGGCAAGAUCUUGUUCACAGGUCGCACAAAUAACCAGAUGAUCAAGGCCUUUAUGGACUGUCUCGGAUGGCCGACUGAGAAACUGCUCAAGAAGGGCCUUUUGCAGAACGUCCUGGAGCAUUUCGAGGCUGGGCCACCGCUAAAAUUCAUCAGCCAGGAAGUCGAUCAGCAAGGCAAGGUCACCGUGCGUAAAAUCGAGCAACAGAAGAAGGUGCCUCGAGAUCUGAAGAGCCGCAUCAACGAUGCCACUCGCGGCAUGUCCCAAGACAACCUGCCGCCUGAGAGAGAACUUAACGACUUUGUCGAUUUGUUGGGUGCAUGCUUGAACUUCAACCCUGAAAAGCGCAUGCAACCCAAAGAAGCCCUGUCUCACAAGUUUUUUCCUCAGCCGAAGCUGGCACCGAGGACGGCAGUCGUUAAGCCUCCGAUGGUCAAGCGACCCAUGAGCGCGUUUCGACGUUGA